AACACACACCUCGUGCCCUCUCUCUUUCUCGUUUCGCCUUCCCUUCUUGCUCGCUCCGAGUCUCCCUCUCCACCCACCUCCACCUCCCCUCUUCCUCAGCUCCUCCUCUUCCCUGUUCAGGAGGGAAACCGAGAGAUAAAGAAAAAUCCAGCUUGCUGAAGGCAUCGGAACUGCCUGCGGUUCGAUCUGUCUUCCGCUGGAGGCGGAGGCCGAGGCGGCUCCGUACGGGUCCGCGUCCUUCCGGCACGCGCUGAUGUUACAGGUGGUGGUUGCAUCUGUAUAGACGCCCCCAAAGCAGUAAUCCCCGUGGUGGUGGCGUGAUCUGGUGGAUCACUGUUCCAUAAGUGGAACAGCUGCAAAGAUUGUCGGUGACCUUCCCUGAUAUAUAUACUGGUAGGCCAAAUCUCAAGGUUCUUCCAGACCUUACUGCCAGGCUCUAGCCAGCACAGAUGUCGUUUCGCAGCAUCGUUCGUGAUGUCAGGGAUGGUUUUGGUAGCCUGUCGAGACGUAGCUUUGAGGUGACCCUUGCUGGCCUUUCUGGACUCACCGGGCAUCACAGGGGGAAGUCUCAGAGCACGGUGCAUGAGCUCCGUGAUGCAGAUCUCAUAAUCCAGGAGAGUCGUUGGGCUAAUCUCCCUCCUGAGCUCCUCCGCGAUGUGAUCCGGAGGCUGGAGGCUAGUGAGAGCACCUGGCCCUCUCGCAAGAAUGUCGUGUCCUGCGCUGCUGUCUGUAGAGCGUGGAGGGAGAGGUGCAGGGAGAUUGUGCUGAGCCCAGAGUUUUGUGGGAAGCUUACCUUCCCAGUCUCUCUAAAGCAGCCUGGCCCUCGAGAUGGAAUGAUUCAAUGUUUCAUAAAGCGAGAUAAAUCAAAGUCUACGUAUCAUCUCUACUUGUGCCUGAGCACUGCCGUACUUGUGGAGAAUGGCAAGUUCCUUUUAUCAGCUAAAAGGAACCGUAAAACAACCUGCACGGAGUAUGUUGUCUCGAUGGAUGCUGACAACAUCUCGAGAUCGAGCAGCACUUAUAUUGGAAAACUGAGGUCGAACUUCCUUGGCACAAAAUUUAUGAUUUAUGACACACAGCCCCCUUAUAAUGGGGCUGUAGGCCCUCAUGCUGGACGGACGAGCCGGAGAUUCAACUCUAAGAAAGUCUCUCCUAAGGUGCCAACUGGUAGUUACAACAUAGCUCAGGUGAUAUAUGAGCUGAAUGUUCUUGGAACGAGGGGCCCUAGGCGGAUGCACUGCAUCAUGCACUCCAUACCUGCCUCCGCGGUUGAGCCUGGUGGCAUAGUCCCUGGACAGCCUGAGCAUAUAGUGCCCCGAGCUUUAGAGGAGUCGUUUCGCAGCACCACCUCCUCCAAGUCCUCCAUCAUGGACCGAUCCAUGGAUUUCAUUAGUUCCCGCAAUUUCAGCAGUGCCCACUUUUCUGACAUUGCCGGAGGCACCAUAGCUGGUGACGAAGAGGGACAGAAUAAGGCGAGGCCAUUAGUUCUUCGCAAUAAGUCCCCCAGGUGGCAUGAACAGCUCCAAUGCUGGUGCCUUAACUUCCGUGGCCGUGUAACCAUUGCCUCGGUGAAGAAUUUCCAGUUGAUCGCCACAUCAACCCAGCCCCCUGCCGGGGCUCCAACACCGUCGCAACCUGCUCCAUCAGACCAGGACAAGAUUAUUCUACAGUUUGGUAAGGUAGCGAAGGAUAUGUUCACGAUGGACUACCGCUAUCCACUCUCAGCUUUCCAGGCAUUCGCGAUCUGUUUGAGUAGCUUUGACACCAAAUUGGCCUGUGAAUAAAUGAUAGUGCAGAAUCAAUGGAGGCAGAACUGGAAAUGCACAAAAAGGAGAUGCAUUUGGCCCUAGGAUUCUAGUCGAUGUCUGCAUUUUGUUGUGUUGUUAUUUUCUGCUUGCUGUAGCCUGGAACUGGACAUCUUAGCAUGUAUGUUUCACCUGCUGGCACCAUGGUUAGUUGUUCCAUUUGAAACUAGAGUUCGUGCAUUGGUGCCAUGUGUGAUGUGCAUGAGAUCCCACCUGUAACGUGAAAGGUUCCAUUGAAAAAAUAUUUUUGAGCUUUGCGUGGAUUCUGCGA